AUGGAUUUCGCUUUAGUUGCGCACGUGACCAAACCAUUUGAGCGUGAAAAGGACAAAACACAAUCACAAAUUCAUUUUCACUCGUUGUUGAUGUCGCAAAAGUUGUGCAAACUUCCUUUAAAACCAGAACUCUUUACCUUAAAUCUCGAAUAUAAAAAAGAAGGAAUCGAUAAAAGACCCUCACCGUAG